CUGGUACGACGAAACGCGAUCGUCGCAUUUUUUAUAAACGGUUUAGGACGUGGUUUGGUGGAGGUUUAGUGCGGGUGUUUUUCUUGAUUUUUGACAAUUUUUUACGUUUUGGGAAUAAAUGGCAGUUUCUACACUCAAUAUGGCUCCGUAUUUCACUGGAUAUCCGUUCCAAGGUCAGGGUCGCGUAAAUCAACUCGGAGGGGUGUUUAUCAACGGACGGCCUUUACCAAAUCACAUCAGAUUAAAAAUUGUCGAAAUGGCAGCCGCGGGAAUAAGACCGUGUGUUAUUUCGAGACAAUUGAGGGUGUCGCAUGGUUGUGUUUCGAAAAUUUUGAAUCGGUAUCAGGAAACGGGGAGUAUAAGACCGGGAGUGAUUGGGGGAUCCAAACCUAGAGUUGCAACGUUAGAAGUGGAAGCAAGGAUAGAACAACUGAAAAAGGAGGAACCGCAAAUAUUCUCUUGGGAAAUUAGAGACAGACUAAUUAAGGAGGGUAUAUGCGACAAGAAUUCGGCCCCAUCUGUAAGCUCAAUUAGUCGUUUGUUGCGCGGCGGAAGAAAAGAAGAUCCGGAUCGAAAAAAACACUCGAUCGAAGGUAUUCUUGGACCGAAUUCUUCCUGUGACGAGAGCGACACCGAAUCAGAACCUGGAAUUCCGCUAAAAAGAAAACAGAGACGUUCCCGGACGACUUUCACCGGCGAACAACUCGAAGCUUUAGAACGAGCUUUCGGUCGUACACAAUACCCCGAUGUCUACACGAGAGAAGAAUUGGCCCAAAAAACAAAACUCACGGAAGCAAGAGUUCAAGUUUGGUUCUCCAAUCGGAGAGCGCGUCUCCGAAAACAAUUGAAUUCACAACAACUAAACGCUUUUAAUUCGAUGUCAUUGCCGUCGGCGUUUCCGGUCCAGCACCAAUACGGUGAUGCUGCGUUUAAUCAAAGCACUUGGGCUCAACAAAGCUACGCUUCAGCAGCGUUGAGUAGCGGUGCUCUUGCAGCUAGUACUGGUACUAGUUUAGGUGGUGCUAGUACAAGCGUAGCAUCAACUACACCCAAUACUCUAUACAAUAGCUACAAUUCAGCUGCGUCUCUAGAUCAAAGCAAUCAAUUCGGCUACAAUAUGGCACAAGUUUCGCCGAAUCAACAUAGCAUCUCACCGGCAGCAGCAGCGGCGCAACAAAGUGCCGUAUGGUCGAGGCACGCUCAAAACAAUAAAGUCGCUGAAAAUCUGAGCAGCUGGCACGAAAAUUACAGUCUCUUCGCUGGUAGCCAUUAUGGUGCCCAUUCACCCAGCGAGGCCAAAUCUGGAUAUCCAUAUUUGGGUACUAUGGAUAUGUGUGCGAGUCGCGUGCACUGAACAGGAAGGAACACUUUUUUCUCAUUUUGUCAGCUUAGACCACACUGCGCCUGGAAUUACUAACAUAAAGGCUUUAUUAUUUUAGUUUUUCUAUUUAUUUUCAGUGCCACCAUUGUACUACUAUUUUGUAAUCGCUGUACAUACAAGUGUAAUUAUUAAAUCUAGUUCUAGUAAGUUCAAUUAAGAAAUUAGGUGUUAAUUAUACAAUAACUACUGUUUCUGUGAAUUUUAGCUAGCUGUAUUCAUUUAUUAGAGAU